GGCACCGACGCCAACGCCGCGGAAAACCAUGUCAACCGUGUUGUGAUCGUGGAUCGUGUUCAUCGCGUGUUCCUGCUCUGUGCCGACGCUGUGCGGCCGGAUUGUUGUGUUUCUGCCGUCCAGCAUCACUGUCUACGGCAGCCCAGCGAAGUGGCAGCAGAGUGACAGCUUUCCUGCGUUCGAUGAACGCCGUGUAGCGAUGCCAAACACUUGCUCUGCAGUCGGCUGCUCAAACCGACGAGAAAAAGAGAAUGGCACGCGGUUUUUUCGCUUCCCAUCGCCCAAGUUUCACAUCCGUCAACGAAAGAUGUGGAUCGCGGCUGUUCGUCGCGUGAACCCCGGCGGCUCGGCCUGGCAGCCGACGAGUAAUGCUCGGAUAUGCAGCAAGCACUUCCACACAGGCAAACCAGCAAAGCUGUCCACGCACCCCGAUCAUGUGCCAUCAAUCUUUUGCGAACGUCCAGCUCGAGAUGGCGUAAUGCAGAGGCACGAGCGGUCUCUCCUCAGAGAUCUAAAUGCAGCUCGCGUUCAACAACCAGGAGUUGAUGUCAGUCUACCGAAUGAUGAAGCUUGCAGCAGCGAAGACUCGUCGGAGAACGAAGGAGAAUUUGACAUGACAAGUGGCAGCCACGGAACUGUGUCAGCUGAUGACAGCUUAGAUACUGAUCAGCAAGACCUUGUAGAGCAAGGCCCUGCGCAGCAAGAGCCUGCACAGCGAGAGUCUUCACAACAAGAGCCUGUACAGCCAGCAACAAACUGUGGACAUGCUGACAUUCCAGCUCAACUGCAGUCUGGGAGUCAAGAAAACAGUUCGCUCCAGGCCCAGCUCCAGGCAGCUGAACUUGCCCUCUCAAAAGCCAAACAAGAGGCAGACUUUUGGAAGGCCAAGUACGAAAGGAAGAAGGCAGAUGGCCUCAAUGUUGCUAUAAUCGAAGACUCCAACAGCUGCCUGUACUACACCGGCUUGCCAUCACGUGGCGUGUUUUAUGGGCUAUUUAGGUAUUUGGAGAAGGUGAUGGUGAAAACAAAAAAAGGACCUGAACCCGCCCAGACACUCAUUGAAGAGUUUUUCAUGGUACUUGUCCGCCUGAGAACGGGGAUGCCGGUGAGAGAGGUUGCCCGCAACUUUAGUCUGUCAAUCUCACAGUUUAGUAAAAUUUUUUCAAAAUGGAUAUUGUUUCUCCAAAAAGCACUGGCCGAAAUUACCAGGUUUCCCACACUUGCAGAGGUUGCCGAGCACCAACCAAGGUGCUUCAGGGACUUCCCUGACACAAGACUUGUUAUUGACGGCACAGAAAUAAGAAUUCAGACUCCAUCUUCGAUGGAUGCCCAGCGACAGACAUUUUCACCAUAUAAACAUGGGAACACCAUGAAGGUCUUGGUUGGUGCUACGCCUAACGGCUACGUAAGCUUCGUCUCCAAAGCAUGGGGAGGCUCAGUCAGCGACAGGGACAUGGUCCUCGAGUGCGGCCUGUUUGCCUUGCUGGAACCGGGGGACGCAGUAAUGAUGGACAAGGGGUUCAAAGUUUUCGACCUGCUUCCAGCUGGUGUUAAGGCUUACAUGCCUCCCUUCAAUAAGCCUAGUGAGGGGCAGAUGAGCAAAAUGAAUGUCACUAAGACCCGCAAAAUUGCUAGUGCAAGAGUGCACAUAGAACGCGUGAUCCGAAGGAUCAAGGAGUAUCAUAUCCUAGACGAUGGUUAUCCUGUAAACAUGGCAGACAUCGGGGACGCAGUUUUUCAGUCAUGUGCUUUUCUUAGUAACUUUAAGCAUCCUCUUAUUGCAGACUGUGGUGUUGACGACAGCUAUUGAACAUUCAGGUUAUUCCUUCCCCCCCAAAUGUUUCUUGUAAAUGAGCUGCAAAGAUCGGACGCUCUGUGUAUGAGGCCGCAGCUUU